AAGAAUUGUGCUCUGAGAUAGCAAGCAAGUGGGCAACCGAGACAGAAAAGAAGGUCUUUCUUUGAAAGGAUCCAAACAUGGAGCCCACCCUUUUGGCCGGUUCCUCCCCUGAAUAGCAAUAGAAGUUUCUUGUUGUGCUCCUAUCUUAAGUUCUAUGAUGUGCAUCUUUAUGGGAGAAAAAGAUGGAGAAAUAAGGCUGACAAAUUGCCUUUUGGGGCUCAGGGUCAGAGCCCAGAGCAGCCAUCACAAUAGCGUCCAACAGCUGGAACACCAGCGGCAGCCCUGGGGAGGGGCGAGAAGAUGGACAAGAGGGAAUGGACAAAAGUCUGGACAAUGAUGCCGAAGGAGUUUGGAGUCCAGACAUUGAACAAAGCUUCCAGGAGGCACUGGCAAUAUAUCCGCCCUGUGGUCGGCGGAAGAUUAUCCUCUCAGAUGAGGGCAAAAUGUAUGGACGCAAUGAACUGAUAGCAAGAUACAUCAAGCUACGGACAGGGAAGACAAGGACUAGAAAACAGGUGUCCAGCCAUAUACAGGUUCUAGCUCGGAAGAAGGUGCGAGAGUACCAGGUUGGCAUAAAGGUCUCUAGCCACUUGCAGGUUCUAGCCAGACGGAAAUCUCGUGAGAUUCAGUCCAAGCUGAAGGCUAUGAACUUGGAUCAAGUCUCAAAGGACAAGGCUUUGCAGAGUAUGGCUUCCAUGUCUUCAGCACAGAUUGUAUCUGCCAGUGUCCUGCAGAACAAACUGAGUCCUCCUCCUCCACUCCCUCAGGCUGUCUUCUCUGCUGCUCCCAGGUUUUGGAGUGGGCCUAUCCCAGGACAGUCUGGCUCUUCUCAGGACAUUAAACCUUUUGCACAACCAGCCUACCCCAUUCAGCCACCCAUGCCUCCAUCACUAGCCAGCUAUGAGCCCUUGGCUCCUCUUCCACCUUCUGCCUCAGCUGUGCCAGUCUGGCAGGACCGAACGAUUGCCUCUGCCAAGUUGCGGCUCCUUGAGUAUUCAGCAUUCAUGGAAGUACAGCGUGACCCUGAAACGUAUAGCAAACACCUUUUUGUGCAUAUCGGACAGACGAACCCCUCAUACAGUGACCCACUGCUGGAAGCAGUGGACAUACGCCAGAUUUAUGACAAGUUUCCUGAGAAAAAAGGUGGCCUGAAAGAGCUCUAUGAGAGAGGACCCCAGAAUUCCUUUUUCCUUGUCAAGUUUUGGGCGGAUCUGAACAGCACUAUACAGGAUGGUCCUGGUGCUUUUUAUGGUGUAAGCAGUCAAUAUAGCAGUGCUGAAAACAUGACCAUCACAGUCUCCACUAAAGUGUGCUCCUUUGGAAAACAAGUUGUCGAAAAGGUGGAGACUGAAUUUGCUCGGAUGGAGAAUGGAAGAUGUGUGUAUCGAAUCCAUCGGUCUCCUAUGUGCGAGUAUAUGAUCAACUUCAUCCAUAAACUGAAACAUCUUCCAGAAAAAUACAUGAUGAAUAGUGUCCUGGAGAAUUUCACCAUCCUACAGGUUGUUACAAACAGAGAUACCCAGGAAACAUUACUUUGCAUAGCGUUUGUUUUCGAGGUAUCAACCAGCGAGCACGGAGCUCAGCAUCAUGUGUACAAGUUGGUCAAAGACUAAAGCCCCCUCUGGGUUGACUGGACAAUUUAAAGAAGAUGGAGGAAAGAGAAGUCUUGUCAGAGAAGCCACCUCUAUAGGAUGCCUUGACAUACAUCCUUUGAAAAUGAACAAAGAAAAAAAAUGCCAAAAAAAAAUGACUUUUACAAUCACAGAUGUUUUCUACUUAGGAACGUUUUAAACAAACAAACAGAGAAAAAAAGCAUUACAAGAAAACAUAAAGUGAAAGGAGAAUCGUAUCUGGAGGCAGCAGGAAGAACUGAUCUUGGGGGCUAGGUCAUCAGUAUUUCAGGAGAUGUUGUUGCCAAGGUCUGGUACCUCUUGAUGCCUUCCCAGCAACAGAAUGCUAACAGCAUCUGGUGAAACGAGACUCUUGUUAAUAUCCAAAUGUGCCUGUGUUUUCCAUGCCAAAUUCCAGAUUCUAUCCUAGUGGCCUUGAUCUGCUGAGAACAAUUAACAUAGGCAGGCUGAAGAUGCUUGUUCUAAGAAAAAAGGUUGGGAAAUCUGAUGCUGCCUUUUAACCAAUCUAGUGACUGAGGAAGAUGACGAAUCUUUUUUUUUUUUUUUAAAGAAUCUCUUGAUUAAGUCUGUGUGCAGUGCCAACAUAGGGAGUUGGGGCAACAUGGGGAGUUGUUGGUUAAUUAUAAGGAAAUAACUUUAUUCCCUCAAUAUCCUGGGCAUUUUAAAUGUAGGAUUACUGCAUCGUCCCACCUCCCCACCCAAGCUGAGAAGCUGGUGGAAGGCUUCUGCUGAUGAUUAUGACAAAAAGUGUGGCAAUUUUGUCCCAGAUGCUUGAAUAGAAGACAUGAGUAAUAGUCGUAUAAGAUUGGGGGAGGGGAAGAAGGCAAGGGUAUGAAUGUGCAA